AUCCUCUCAUCUCGACAUCUCUCUUGCUGUCUGUCUUGUCAUUGUCACUGUUGCCUAGCUAGCCUUUGCAUUGACGACACGACACACCUCCUCUCGACGACGGCACCGGCCAAAACACGCCCAACUUGCUCGUUUCGUCGACACGCACGCUACAUCUCACCAGCCCCCCGCCCCGUGGUACGCACGCGCCGGUGCACGCGUGACGGAAUCUGAACCUGGGCACCGUGUUUGAGGUGCCAGGGGAAAGAAAGAGAGACUGGCUACAGCGACAGCAGCGACGGCGACAAGCAUAAGCAAGACUGCAGCAGUAGUAGCAGCUGCUGUAACAAGCACAAGCUAGUUGCACCGACGACGACGACGACCGCGGGCCGCGAUUUGUCCCUGUUUAGACACUUGCAACCCCCCAAACUACAAACCAUCACACAUCUUGCUUGUAUUCUCCAUCACUCGCACUCGCACUCCCCCUUUGUGUGCGGCUGCACAGACCACCAACCACGCCAGCAUCGCGCGACUCGACCUGCUGCGCAGUGCUAUAUUGUCCCCCCCAUCGACCCCUUAGACGCCAUUCGAAAGUAAAGGCAAAGCGACCCCGCCGCUCCCGGUGACCCUGCCGCCCGUCCGCGCCUCCCCUUGUCCGACAACAGCAUCCCUCGUCGCCCCGCUGGGAUCCGUGAUCCUCGUCUACGCGUCGUCGCUUUGCACUCUCUCCUCCAGUCGCGAAUCACACACAGAAGCACCCUUGUACACAGCAACAAUAACAACUACACACACUCACGCUCAUUCCACCCAAACCCUCCGCUCUUGCUCCUCCCCGUCCCCGCCCCUCAACGCCCCCAUUCCUCGCCAAGAAACCGCCUCCUCCCUGCAACACCGCAUUCCGAUCCAAGCCGGAGGACAUUGUUGAUCAUCUGUCCCGCCGGCUCUAGCAUCAGCUUCGACUUGCUCUAGACUGUUGCUUGAGCCCCAGAAACAUACGUCGACAAGGCGUUGUUGCAACCCCAUCACACUCCCCCCUCCCCCUCCCCCCAUCCACCAUGGACGCUAUCAAUAGGGCCAUUCAGGCCAAUGGUGACUGCGCAGAGUGCCCAGAAAAGGUAACCUGCGACUGUUCUGCCGGCGAGCAGUGUAUCAUUACACCAAGAUCCUGCUGGACAUGCGGAACAUUCACUUGUGUGGACAAGCAAGACGACUUGGCCACCUUGAAUGCCAACUUGAAAGCGAUCCAAGCGCUGUCAGACCCUAUCGAGAACACAUUAUACCUCGACUGGUUGCAGCGCUCCGCCUCUUCCGACCUCGUUGGACGUGCAAUCAACAUGAGUGACCCUAACGCCGGGUGUGUUCCUUGCCCCGACGGUCCACCACCCUGCAACUGCUCGGCCCACGAGACAUGCCAGCUCGAUGCCCGUAAAUGCUCAAACUGUGGCGUUGCAAACUGCAUCAAGAACAACAUCAGUGGUAACGGAGGCGUGAACCCUGGCGUGAUUGCUGGCCCCAUCAUUGCCGUUGUUCUCAUCCUCGCGAGCUUGGGUCUCUUCUGGUUCCUGAAGCGCAAAAAGCAACGCGACCUUGCUCGCCUCGAGGACCUCGCCGAGCGUGCCCGCAAGGGCGAAUCAUCAGCGUUCCACCUGUCGACGCCGGCGUCGCCCACGUCGGCAGGACACCGGUCACGCCAUGCUUCGCAGUUGAUGCCCCACUCGCCUACCAGCUCGAGCGGCCAGCGCACCUCCUCACAACUCGCCGCUCUUUCCGCAGACGCCGAGUACCGUGACGAAAAGGGCGCCACCAUUCGUGUCUACAAGGGCAAGCGCGGCAUCAUCAACGCCGAUCCCAACCACCCCGACAACGGCGGCAACUCUGACCCCUUCACCGACGGCCACAGUGUGUCCACCGGCGGAGCCAGCAGUGGCCACUCCGCCAACGUUAUCCCCAUCCACUUUGUCCCUGGUUCCCGGUCAGAAGAUUCACUGGCAAAGGUACUGGCACAGCACGGCGGACCUGCCUCGGCCGACGAAAAGGCCGCUGCUGCUCGCAACCUCGACCUUGCUCGUCAAAACCUUAUGCGCAUCCAGGCGGCUGGACGCAUGCCACCACCUCGUCCUGCUCGUGCACCUGACCUUGACCUUCGCCUGAACCCUCCUCGUGGUGGUACCCAGGAGGAGGUGGGAAGCUCGCGCGAUUCGAUCCGUUCGGCCUUCUCCGCAGCGCCUUCAUUCCUGUCAGCCAACACUGCCGAUCUCCAUCUCGAUGUGCCCCAGAUUGUCACGUCCAAACAGAUUCACUUUGGCCGUCUCCAGGCAGCCGAGGUUGUUCAGCUUGGACGUGUUGCCGAGUCAUCGCCUCCAGAUCCUUUCAAGGAGGAGGGCGCCGACACCCCACCUACACAGGACGCUGUCGGUCGCUCCCUCAUCGGUUCCAACAAUGCCACUGGUACACCCGUCAACGCCAGCACAACCUCCCUCGGCGACGGCAGCUUUGCCGUUAGCCAGCCCAGCCCCACCGACCUGCGAUUCUCCAUGGGAUCCCUCGCCUAUGACCGUUCCUCAAUGUCGACUGUUGGGACGGCCUACCUUCAGCGUGCCCACAUUGUCAACCUGGAGCACCCGCCUCCCAUGCCCGUCGUUCUGCCUGGUGCAGACCGGCCCCGGUUCGAGUCGGUCUCGUCGUACCAGUCGACUGGUGGCGAUUCGAUUCUUGGAGCAUUCCCCAUGACCAUCCACCAACCCGGUGACGGCAGCCGGCCUACACCUGGCGGCGUCCCCACCAACUCCUCUACUACCACCCUGGACCUUGGAGGCGCUGGUCGCCCUCCUGUAGCGUUCAAGACGCCUGGCCCGGCCGGACCGGGAGGUGCUCGUCCUCUGACCGCCAACUCGACCCACUCGCUCGCCGACUCGUUCCUCGGAUCCUUCCCCUUCGUUGCGCCGGACGGAAGCGGUGCCGAGGGCAUCCCUCCCACGUCUAAGAACCCUAGCCGUCUUACACUUGGCAUGAGCUCUGCGAGCGAGGGUCUGGGCGACUUUGAUUUUAGCUUUGAGGAGCACGGCGGACCACACCCACACGGCGUCCCCCCUCCGCCUAUCCCUAUCGAGGAGGACGAUGACGGAUCUACGGAAACGGAUCCGACCACGCCCCGGGCGCCAACGGGCCCGAGGGGGUGAGGACAGUAGAGCGGCAGCAGCAGGUUAUCCAUAGUAGUUUAAUGUAUUGGGACGUAUGUGUAAUGCCACAUUUAUUCAUG